AUGAAAUGCAGCGGGGCUGAUUGUGCGAACGAAGCAGGCUCACUCAAAUGUCCUGUUUGCUUGAAGCACGGGAUCGAGAGCGCCUAUUGUAGUCAGACAUGUUUCAAACGCAACUGGGCGCUCCAUAAGGCCACACACCCUUCUGAGGAUGGCGAAACGUAUGAUCCGUUCCCCAAACAGGCUUACACUGGAGAGAUCAGAGCGGUGUAUCCGCUAGCACCUCGUCCCGAAAUCAAGGAAAGCAUUGCCAAACCGGAUUAUGCCGACACAGGGUUCCCCAAAAGUGAGGUGGAGGAGCAACGGUCGCAUAUCCGGGUUCUUGACGCCGAUACUAUUGCCAAGAUGCGGGCGGUGUCUGCACUGGCCAGAGAGAUCACUGAUAUCGGUGGCCGGGCCGUAAAACCUGGCGUGACUACCGAAGAAAUUGACCGCAUCGUCCAUGCGGCGUGUAUGGAACGUGGUUGCUAUCCAUCGCCUCUGAAUUAUUAUAACUUCCCCCGCAGCUGCUGUACAUCCGUCAAUGAGGUGAUUUGCCAUGGCAUCCCCGAUAAGCGUCCGCUGGAGGAUGGCGAUAUUAUCAACUUGGAUAUUACGGUUUAUAAAGACGGUGUUCACUCCGAUAUGAAUCACACAUACUAUGUUGGAGACAAGGCACGAGCGAACCCAGACGCAAUCCGGUUGAUCGAGGGCACCCGGCAAGCCCUUGAUGCUGCGAUUGCUCUCGUCAAGCCGGGUGCGCUGUUCAGGUCGUUUGGAGACGAGAUUGAAAAGGUCGCUAAAAAAUUCGGCCUGUCGGUGGUGAGAUCCUACACUGGCCACGGCAUUCACGAGCUAUUCCACGCUGCCCCCAACAUCCCGCACUACGCCAACAACAAAGCGGCCGGCAUUUGCAAACCAGGAAUGUGCUUCACUAUUGAGCCUAUGUUAAAUCUCGGAACCUAUCGCGACAAGUCGUGGCCCGAUAACUGGACGGCGGUGACUGCCGACGGCAAGUGGUCUGCUCAAUUCGAGCACACGCUUCUUGUUACCGAAGACGGUUGCGAAGUUCUCACUGCCAGAAACAAGCGCUCUCCCGGAGGUCCUCUCCCAGUCCCUAAAAAGCUGCUUGCCUAG